AUGACUUGUGUGAACGAACGCAGCAGAGUUUCAUCGCUCACUUUCCGUGUUGUACCGAGUAGUCAAAGUCACAAUGAGAAUGAGCUUUCUUUGGUGGUGUUUGCUUUUGCCGAUCAAGAGGAGCAAGACAGUUUGGGGAUGACGGUUACUGGUUUGGUAGUCCAGGGCGGCAUGAAAGGCAAUACAUUUCACGAGGAUUAUCAGUUAGUAUUUGGCUGA